GGAGGGGAGCCGUGGGGAGCUUCCGUUUAUCUGCGAGGUCAGAGAAGGCAGGCUGCGCGUUACGGUGGUGCUGUUGAAAAACACGAUGAAAAUGGCGUGGCAACCGCAGGAGGAAGGACUCAGGCAAAUCCUGACGCUGCUCAAGGAAUCGCAGAGCCCGGACACGGCGACCCAGCGAGCCGUACAACAAAAAUUGGAAGAGUUAAACAAAUUUCCAGAUUUCAACAACUAUCUGAUUUUUGUUCUAACAAAACUUACAUCAGAAGAUGAACCGACUAGAUCUCUGAGUGGGCUGAUUCUCAAAAAUAAUGUAAAGACUUACUUUCAUAAAUUUGUACCGGAAGUCAUAGUUUUCAUAAAGCAAGAAUGUCUAUCAGCUGUCGGAGAUCCAUCACCACUGAUUCGUGCGACUGUCGGUAUUUUGAUUACUACUGUCGCAUCAAAAGGUGAAUUAACAACUUGGCCGGAAUUAUUGCCAGCGUUAUGUCAAAUGUUGGAUUCCCAAGAUUACAACGUUUGUGAGGGAGCAUUCGGCGCUCUGCAGAAGAUUUGCGAAGAUUCAGCAGAGAUAUUAGAUUCGGAUGCUCUGAAUCGCCCUCUGAACAUUCUGAUUCCAAAGUUCCUUCAUUUCUUUAGACAUUCGAGUCCCAAGAUCAGAUCUCACGCAAUAGCGUGUGUUAAUCAAUUCAUCAUCCAACGUACACAAGCGCUUAUGAUACAUAUAGAUAGCUUUUUGGAGAAUCUCUUCCAUUUAGCUUCAGAUGAUGACUCUGAAGUUCGAAAAAAUGUCUGCAGGGCACUAGUGAUGCUACUUGAAGUACGAAUGGACAGAUUAAUACCACACAUGCACAAUAUAAUAGAAUAUAUGUUAAUGAGAACUCAGGAUGUUGACGAGGGAGUGGCAUUGGAAGCUUGUGAGUUUUGGUUAUCACUAGCGGAACAACCAAUUUGCAAAGAAGCGCUUGCGCCACAUUUGACUCGAUUAGUACCUAUCUUAGUGAGAGGUAUGAAAUAUUCAGAAAUUGACAUAAUCCUUCUCAAAGGAGAUGUAGAGGAGGAUGAAAUGAUACCAGACAGGGAGGAGGAUAUUCGACCGCGAUUUCAUAAAUCGAAAACGCAUCAUUCACACCAUGCCAAUGGUAUGAAUAGGCACACUGACGAGAAUGGCGGUGUGAAUGGCGGAUGCGACGACGAGGAUUUAGACGUUGAAGACGGAUGCGAUGACGAUUCGACUCUGAGCGAUUGGAACUUGAGGAAAUGCUCCGCCGCUGCUCUAGAUAUGCUGGCUAAUGUUUUUCGGGAAGACCUUUUACCGGUUUUAGUACCAAUUUUAAAAGAGACUCUUUUCCAUCAAUCUUGGGAAAUUAAGGAAUCUGGUAUCCUUGCAUUGGGAGCUAUUGCCGAAGGUUGCAUGAGUGGCAUGAUCCCGCAUCUAUCAGAACUCAUUCCGUAUUUGAUCAAUUGUCUAAGUGACAAGAAGGCUCUUGUGCGUGCCAUAACUUGCUGGACGCUGAGUCGUUAUGCACAUUGGGUUUGUGCACAGCCACACGAAACGCAUUUGAAACCUCUGAUGACGGAAUUGCUCAAAAGAGUGCUCGACAGUAACAAGCGCGUUCAAGAAGCAGCAUGCUCGGCCUUUGCGACUUUAGAGGAAGAGGCGUGCACCGAAUUGGUUCCUUAUCUCGGGUUUAUUCUUGAAACACUUGUUUUUGCAUUCAGUAAAUAUCAACAUAAAAAUCUUUUAAUAUUAUACGACGCGAUCGGCACUCUCGCCGAUUCUGUGGGUCAUCAUUUGAAUAGACCAGAUUAUAUCAAUCUUUUGAUGCCACCUCUUAUUAAUAAAUGGAACGUAUUGAAGGACGAGGAUAAAGAUUUGUUUCCAUUACUGGAAUGUCUUUCAUCUGUAGCUACUGCUUUACGUUCGGGUUUCUUACCAUAUUGCGAGCCUGUUUACAGACGAUGUGUGUCACUUGUUGAACAGACCCUGAAUCAACAUAUAGCGAGCACACAAAGUCCAGAGCAAUUUGAGGCACCUGAUAAAGACUUUAUGAUAGUUGCAUUAGAUCUCCUUAGUGGAUUGGCUGAAGGACUGGACGGUCACAUGGAACGUUUAGUGAUGAACAGUAAUGUAAUGCAACUGUUAUAUCAGUGUAUGCAGGAUACUAUGCCUGAAGUCAGACAGAGCAGUUUUGCGUUACUAGGAGAUCUCACAAAAGCUUGCUUCCAACAUGUACUCCCUUGUAUACCGGAGUUUAUGCCUAUACUUGGACAAAACUUGCACCCACAAUUCAUAUCGGUGUGUAAUAACGCGACAUGGGCGAUCGGUGAGAUUUCGAUAAAACUUGGGCCUGACACAAGUGCAUAUAUCCCAUUAAUUUUGACACAGCUUAUUGAAAUAAUUAAUCGACCAGACACACCAAAAACACUGUUGGAAAAUACCGCCAUAACGAUCGGUCGCCUAGGUUAUGUGUGUCCCCACGACGUCGCCCCCAUGUUACAGCAGUUUGUCCGACAGUGGUGCACUUCUUUGCGAAGCAUAAGGGAUAACGAAGAGAAGGAUUCUGCCUUCCGGGGAAUGUGUCAAAUGAUUACUGUCAAUCCGGCUGGUGUCGUCCCGGACUUCAUCUUCUUUUGCGACGCCGUAGCGUCCUGGUCAGCGCCAAAGGAGGACUUGAAAGAGAUGUUUCAGAAGAUAUUGUUAACAUUCAAAAAUCAAGUGGGUGAGGAAAAUUGGAAGCGAUUUUCUGAUCAGUUUCCGCCACAGCUUAGUGAGCGGCUCCACAACAUGUACGGCGUCUGAACAGCUCCGCCUAAAAGCGAAGGCCGCUUAAUGGAGCAGGCCGAAUGGGGUUGGGCGGGAAACAAUGGGCGGAUGGGACGGGUGGGUGAAACCACGGCCUCUUCUCAUCAACAUCGUUGUCGUUACCGUAUCAUCGUGGUAUGUCAUCGUGCUUUCGGGGAGAGAGUAAUGAUGCAUGCCGGGCCUUUUAAUCUUGGUAGCCAGUAAAGGCUGGUGAAAGAAAGAGAUCAUAGAGAGUCAAAAUAAAAAGGAGAACGACAAAAGAUAAGCAUUGGCCGCAAAAGUAAAAGCGUGGGUGGGCGGGGAUGGGAUUUAUUUCGGGGUGGGAGGGAGGAAUUUUGUGGGGAUCGUCGACUACACAUUUCUUAAGAGACGAAACAAGGUAUCGGGUAGCAACAACGGUGAUACCUUAAAUGUAGUGAUGUACACUCCGUUUCCAUUAGCGCUAACGUAUAACACUGCGAAAGUGUUAUCUGAUUCUCGCGUAUAUCGAAACGUGACAAAUGCUGGCGCCCACGGUCAACUCUGGGCCAGCUUUAUGAUAUAACUAGAUAUAUGUAUAUUAUUAUUGAAACCAACAUGCAAAGACAGUAGGACCUAAAGAAAAGCAUAGAUCUCACGUUAUAGAGAUCGCCAGGCACUGUGAUCGAAAAUUUGUAUGUUAGAUAUUGAUCCUCUUCUUUUUUCUUUUUUUUUUUUUUUUUAAGAGAACGAGAGAUUACUCGAAUGUGUUUAUAGAGUUUUAGAGACAAGGUAGAACUACUUAUUUGAUAAUAAAUAUGAUACAAGGUAGAAUACGUUAUUAGAAAUUUCAUAGUGUACAGAGGGUUUUUCGAGAAUAUUGUAUUUUUAUAUGUUGAGAAGAAAACACACACAUAUAUAUACACACGCAGAAAGUGCCAUUCCGUCAUUUCGAACCAAAAUUUUUCUGCUUGUUUUAUUCUCUCUCCUGCUGAUUGUGAUAUUAGGUUAUACGCGACAAUUUUGUCAUCGUGUAAAACAUUUCAAAUGAAUACGUAUGUAUAUAUAUAUACACAUGCGCAUUUCGUUAUAUAUAUAUAUAUAUGUACGAAUAUAUUCAAGAUGAUAUGAUGUUUUAACUUGCAGACCAUUUUGUGAUUACUUUUUUGUUAAACAUAUUAAAUUAGUAUCAUAUUAGCAUUAAUGUAAAUAUAGGUAAAUACAUUUUAGAAUGGACGUUUUUGUUAAUCAUUAUAAAUAGAUAUCUCAAAUCUUUGCUGAUCUAUCGAAGUCUCUCAAGUUGAUAUUUAGUCGCAGUCAUCGAUUAAAAAAAAAAAAAAAAAAAAAAAAA